CCCUCACUCCCGGACUCUGGCCUCCAGUGGGCGAGCUUCGCGGACACUGCGGGGCUGAGGGCCGAGCGGCUGAACCGGCACCAGGCGAGCGCGACCGCACGGACGAAGGCCGGCCAGCCCGGCGGAGGCUCGAGCCGGGAGCGCGGUCUCCGUUCCCGCGGCCGAGGCCCGAGGGGCCCGGCCGUCAGUGGCGGCGGGGACAGCGAGCAGCAGAGCCCGGGGCGGUCGCGGCGUCGCUGCGGGUCGGUGAGUCCCCAGGGACUCAGGCCAGACCCGGGGAGGGACGCCCGCCUCGAUCUCGUCCCCCAGGCCCAGACCCUCGGGAGCCCCAGCAAGGGCGGGAAGUCGUAGCCCCGAGGACGGGAUGAGCCGGACCUGCGUGCAGCUAGCGCCCGGCCAGCACACAGGUCUGCCCCUGCUUCCGUAGUUUUCCAGAUUUGUACAAGAGCAGCAGAAAAUGAAUACAUCCCUGGUGACCGUUGUCUUUCAAUGAUGUGGCUGUGGGCUUCACCCAGGAGGAGUGGCAGCAGCUGGGUGCUGAUGAGAAGACAACAUACAGGGAUGUGAUGCUGGAGAACUACAGCCACCUCGUCUCCCUAGGAUAUCACAUUAUCAAACCGGAUGUUAUCACUAAGUUGGAGCAAGGAGAAGAGCCAUGGAUAGUAGAAGGAGCAUUCCUGCCUCAGAGCUACCCAGAUGAGGUCUGGCGAGAGGACAACCUAAUGAACAGAGCAUGGGAAGGUGAAGCUAAACAUUCAAGGCCACCUGUGUUCUACAAGAACAAAAGCUUGGUGGGAGAGGGAAGCAGUGUUUCAGGGAAAGGUUUCAGUGUAGAGAAGAACCUUGUUCCUUGGAGAAUAGCCUCUAAGUGUGACUUGUGUGAAAAGAGUUUGGCCUGUGUUCCAGAAUACAUUAGCAGUGAUGGAAGCUAUGCAAGCAUGAAACCCAGCGAGUGCAGUGGGUGUGGGAAGUCGCUCCUCCACAUGAAGCCUCAGAAAGCCCAUCCUGGAGGUAAUUCAGAUCAUCAAAAUGGAGACGCUUACACACUGAAUGAAGAGAAUUUUUAUCAGAAAAUUCAUAUUUUAGAGAAACCCUUUGAAUACAUUGACUGCCAGAAAGCCUUCCCGAAGGACUCAGUUUUUAAUCAUGUGGACGAAAAGUCCUAUAACUGGAAUGCAUCGGAAAUGGCCUUUCUCCAGAUGUCAGACCUCAAUGUCCAUCAGAGACCACACAUGGAAAUGAAACCCUAUGAAUGCCGUGAAUGUGGGAAAUCCUUCUGUAAAAAGUCAAAAUUUAUCAUCCAUCAGAGGACUCACACAGGAGAGAAACCUUACAAAUGUAACCAGUGUGGGAAAUCCUUCUGCCAGAAGGGGACCCUCACUGUCCACCAGAGAACUCAUACAGGGGAGAAGCCCUACGAAUGCACCGAGUGCGGAAAGAACUUCUACCAGAAGUUGCACCUCAUCCAGCACCAGCGCACGCACUCAGGAGAAAAGCCGUAUGAGUGCAGCUACUGCGGGAAGUCCUUCUGCCAGAAGACACACCUCACCCAACACCAGAGGACGCACUCGGGAGAGCGGCCUUAUGUGUGUCACGACUGUGGAAAGACUUUCUCCCAGAAGUCAGCCCUUAAUGACCAUCAGAAAAUUCACACUGGCGUGAAACUCUACAAGUGCAGCGAGUGUGGGAAAUGCUUCUGCCGCAAGUCCACUCUCACGACCCACCUGAGGACACACACGGGCGAGAAGCCCUAUGAGUGCAAUGAAUGUGGGAAGUUCUUCUCCCGGCUGUCAUACCUCACUGUGCACUACAGAACCCACUCGGGAGAGAAGCCGUAUGAGUGUGCGGACUGUGGGAAAACCUUCUACCUGAACUCAGCCCUCAUGAGACACCAGAGGGUACACACUGGGGAGAAGCCGUACGAAUGCAACGAGUGCGGGAAGUUAUUUUCCCAGUUGUCCUACCUCACCAUCCAUCACAGGACUCACUCAGGGGUGAAGCCGUAUGAGUGCAGCGAGUGCGGGAAAACCUUCUACCAGAACUCAGCCCUCUGCAGACACCGCCGGAUUCACCGUGGGGAGAAGCCCUACGAGUGCUACAUAUGCGGCAAGUUCUUCUCUCAGAUGUCCUACCUCACCAUCCACCACAGAAUCCAUUCAGGAGAGAAGCCCUAUGAGUGCCGUGAGUGUGGGAAAACCUUCUGCCAGAACUCGGCCCUUAACAGACACCAGAGGACACAUACCGGAGAGAAAGCCUACGAGUGCUAUGAGUGCGGGAAGUGCUUCUCUCAGAUGUCCUAUCUCACCAUCCACCACCGCAUCCACUCAGGAGAGAAGCCCUUUGAAUGUAAUGAAUGUGGGAAAGCCUUCUCACGGAUGUCUUACCUCACUGUGCACUAUAGAACCCACUCGGGUGAGAAGCCCUAUGAAUGCAUGGAAUGUGGGAAAAAGUUCUACCACAAGUCAGCCUUCAAUAGCCAUCAAAGGAUUCACAGGAGAGGGAAUGUGGAUGUAGUGGAUGUGGGAAGGCUUCUCUGAAGUCAGACCUCAGCCCAAAGUUUUAGUGUGGUGACCCUAGACACUCCUGCCUGCAAUCAGACACUGUUGUACAGAUAGCUGUCUGUAUCCAUGGCCUUCCAAUCCACAGAUUAAACACAGUAAAAGUACUUGGGGGAAAUUUACAUUUGUACCAAACAUUACAAAUGUUUCUUGUCAUUAUACUCUAAAUGCACUAUAGUAGCUAUUUAUAUAGCAUUUUAUUGUAUUAGGUAAGUAAUCUUACUUAAUUGAGAGAGCAUUGAAAAGUACACAAAAGGGCCAAGUGCAGUGCUUCAUACCUGUAAUCCCAGAUACUUUUAAACUAGAGACUGGAAAGAUCAAGGUUCAGGGCCAGCAGUAAGUUAGUAGGAUAUCCCAUCUCAACAAAAACCCUGGGUUGGUGGUACAUACCUGCUAUCCUAACUACACAUGAAACAUUAAGUAGGAGUAUUGAAUUCCAGGCUGACUUAAGCAAAAAUGAAAACCUUGUUUAAAAUUUUAACUAAAACGCUGGGCACCGGUGGCUCACGCCUA